CCCCCUGCUCGGAGAAUUGAGACUCCCUGUUUAUUUAUCAUUCGACCUUUUGCGGUUUUCAGCGAAGUGAUGAAGCUGAUGUUUGAAUCCCAUUUCCGGAGAAAACGAGUUUUCUUCAACAAAGCCAAGCCGCAGAACAAUGUCGAUGAGCCCCAAGCAUACGACUCCUUUUUCUGUUUCCGAUAUCUUAAGUCCCCUUGAGGAGAGCUACAAGAAAGUAAGUAUGGAGAGUAACAACUUGGGGGCUUCCCUCCCCACGUACCGACAACCGCAAGUCUCCCAGGCAGCAAUGCAACAGCACCAUAUGGGCCACAACGGGUCGGUCUCCGCCACUUACCACAUGACUGCAGCUGGGGUGUCUCAGUUGUCACACACCGCAAUGGGGGGCUACUGUAACGGCAACCUGGGAAACAUGAACGAGCUUCCGCCUUACCAGGACAGCACGAGGAACUGCAGCACGGCCACCGCGUGGUAUGGAGCCAACCCAGAUCCGCGCUUUUCCUCAAUAUCUCGCUUCAUGGGUUCCUCCUCCGGUAUGAACAUGAGCAGCAUGGGAAGUCUGGGCUCUCUAGCGGAUGUAGGGAAGAGUAUGGGACCCCUAUCCAGCACCCCCCGGAGAAAACGGAGGGUGCUUUUUUCACAAGCUCAGGUUUACGAGCUGGAGCGACGAUUCAAGCAACAGAAAUACCUCUCUGCUCCAGAACGGGAACAUUUGGCCAGUAUGAUUCACCUCACCCCGACUCAAGUCAAAAUAUGGUUCCAGAACCAUCGGUACAAAAUGAAGAGACAGGCCAAGGACAAGGUUUCCCAGCAACAGAUGCAGCAGGACACUGGCUCUUGUCAACAACAACAGCAGUCGCCCCGACGCGUUGCCGUGCCCGUGCUGGUGAAAGACGGCAAGCCUUGCCAAGGGGGCACCCACACGCCGACAAACGCCAUCCAAACGCACCAUCACCAGGCAAGCAAUGUCAUGAUUGUGUCAAGUAACAGUUCAGCGAUGGUCCAGCACCAGAACCCUCAGGUUGGGAGCGCGAGCCACUCUCCCGAUUUAGUUCAGCACUCCAGUAGCCCCCCUUCCCUCCAAACGCAGGUGUCAGGCCUACCGCACUUAAACUCUUCGAGCUCUGAGUACGGCGGCCCGCUGCCCUGCUCGGCCUUAUUGUACGGCAGAACAUGGUGACAGCUGCAGAAAGAAGUACAUUUUUAAAUGCGUACAAUUACAUUGAGGGUAUCUGCGGAACGGACAGCGAUGGCUGCACCUUCUCUAUGCUAAGUUUGCUUUCCUUACAAGGAACAAUUAUUUAUCCUUGAUUGGAUACGUAGACGCUGGAACUGAGAGAAGAAUCGAACCCAAGAAGUAAGAUCUAUCAAGCGGAUGUCCGAGCAAAGAACUCGCGUCGAAUUCGAGAGCAAAUAGAUUCAUUAAAAUGAACCGCUUAGGCCACAGAGCAAGUGUGUUUAAAACAAAACGACACAAUAAAAUACAUGUGUAUGCUUGCGUCCGUAUACAUGUACGACGGAGGUAAAACGAGAGAAUCCAAACUGAAAUGAAGGGCUAAUUUGGCUUUUGACAGACUGCUAAGAAGGAUUGAAAUAGCUCCGAUUUCUAACAACUUAAUGUAAGACCUAGCUUGUAUAUUUCUGUAAAAGGUUUGGAUUGAAUGCAUAGUUUUUAGCGAUCUGUAUAUUGUAUAAAUUUUUUUAUCGACAUUCAAGUUUGCUUGUAUUAUAUAUAGUUUCAUUGUUAUUUGUACUUCUUAUUUUCUUGUAACUUAUAUAGAUACCUGCCAUAUAUAUAGUCAU